AUGAGGUUUACGGAGGCCCUUAAAUCUUGCUGGGUAACCACACUGUUUGGAGCAGUACUGUUGCUGGUCGGAUCGAUUGUUCUCAUUUGGAACGAGGGUCGUACCAUACGCAUUCUUCUAUCGUUGGACGAAGCCCUCAACGAUGCAAUCACAGUGAGUGCCGAUAUGCCGUACGAAAAGCAAUACGAAGGGCGCUUAAUUCACCUGACUGGAGCGCUAUCGACGGGAGAACCGCUAACGGAACCCGAUUACAACAUCCAGGUGCAAGCGGUGAAGCUGAAACGACGCGUACAGAUGUACCAGUGGGUCGAGGAAUCGGUUGAAAAUCGCUUUGGAGAAUCCGUGGCCACUAUUGAAAUCGAAGAUCGUUCCUACUUUUACAGCAGAGAGUGGCGCGAUAAUUUAAUAGACUCUCGCAGUUUCUACAUACGCACCGGUCAUCAUAAUCCUACGUCAUUUCCCAUCGACUCCACGGUACACCUCUCCGAGCAUGUUCAUGUUGGGCCAUACGAGUUGGGCACCGUAGCAAAGGAACGUUUCAAAACCUUCCAAGAAGUUACAUCUGACACGCGUCCCGAAGAUCCAUCGGUUAGGAUGCAUGCGGGACUUUACUAUCAUUGCAACGACAUAUGGAAUCCGGAAAUCGGCGACAUACGGAUACAGUUUGCGUACGCCGGUCUCGAAGGGUCAUACGUAACCGUAGUGGGUAAGCUGGAGAAUGGCAAGAUAGUACCGUACGAAUCAACUCACUUUCGCAAAGUACUUCUGCUCGAACCGGGAGAACACAAACUCCACGAAAUCUUCCGCCUAGAGCACCAACAACAGCGGCAAGCCACCUGGGGCAUACGGUUCAUCGGGUGGGUGUUGUUGUUUUUCGCCACGAUUUGCAGUGCGACGAUAAUGCAACACCUUGCCAGGGAGCAUCGGUUUAUGCGAAUGUUCUUUCCCGAUACCCAUUUUACGCUUUCGACCAAUGUUAUGUUGUCAAUUUCGGUCGCACUGGUGAUUGUUUCGAUUGCGUGGAUUGUACACCGACCGUGGCUGGGUGGUGGAUUACUGUUCGCCGCCAUGUCACCAUUUUUGUACUGUGCGCGUGGAAUUAUGGGCAGCUAUCAGCGGAUGGAUUGA